AUGACACGUUUACGUCGUGAUACCCAAGACUCUUCUGCAUCAUCGUCGCAACGCCCUUUCCGAGUAGUUGCGUGUGGGACGCUAUUCUUGACCCAUACACUAUCACUACCCACUCACCCAGAACCGAGUACUGUUGUACGGGCAAGCUCCGUGACACGCUCUCGAGGCGGACCGGCCAGCACGUGUCUUGCGAUAUUGGCCCAAUUUCCAGCAGUUCAUGCUAUACUAGUUGCACCGCUCGGAGGAAACGACGACGGCAAACAGAUAAUCCGUGAACUUGAAACCGAGAGGGUGAGUACGAAGUACUGCAAGAUCUGGGAAGAAGCCGGUGUGCCUAGCGCUUGGGUAUUGCAUGCAGAUGACACAGAUGCACGCACCGUGAUCAAUAACAACCCGCUUCCAGAUAUCACUCAUGAAGAUUUUAUCUCUCUUCUUGGGCCGCUUAUCGCGCCGGAGAAUUAUGCAUAUUUGCCGCCUACGUCUCAAGCAGCCGCGGGCCCUACCCAUCCUAUUGGAAGUAUUCCCCACGCUGUCCAGCCGCGUAAAUCUCUCUCAAACCUGCAUGCUGCUGUGGAAAGAUCAACUGUGAAUACCAAUACUCCAGCCCCCUUUGAGUGGAUACACUUCGAAGGCCGCUCAGUGAAGACAACCUUGAGCAACAUCAUGGGUCUCGAAGGUUUAGCAAGAGAACGCAAGUGGCGAAAUCACUGCACGUUUAGCGUUGACAUCGGACGACGAGCGCGACAAGGUGUCGAGGCGCUGAUUCCUUACGCGGACGUGGUAUUCCUCAAUAAACAUUAUGCACGAGCACACUCGCCGCAAUAUGCUUCAUCGCCCCGCGCAUUCCUCCUCUCGCUCACGGCUCUCGUGCCACCACACGCGCUGCUGGUCGCUUACUGGGGUGAAGAAGGCGCCGCUGUUCUCUCUGUUCCGACGCGCGAAUACUUUCAAAGCUCUGGCUGGGUCGGCCUCGACAGCACAAAUCCCAUUCCUGAGGUGUCUGCACUUAGCAUGAGAACUGGCACUGAUCCAGGAGAUCACGAUCCGGAGGACCGAGUGGAAAUGGUAUCCGUGCGAACAGAGAGCGACUUCUGGGCAGGCCAGCAUACAGACUCUUCGAGUAUCUUCACAGCUGGUGCUUUCUCGCAGUCGUUUUCUGCCUCACCCUCGCCCACACUACCUAGACCGCCGGAAAAUGUGCAUGCUACCUCCGCGUGGACACGGGAAACGCACCGUCACAGACGUAGCGAUGCUGUCAUCGACGAAGUGGGUGCACAGGAUGCCUUUAUUGCGGGCAUGAUUCUCGCACUUGGUCGCCGCAUGCUGCCUGGAGAGCCCUACACACCUAUGUCAGGCGGUCGCAAUAACGCAGACGCUGGAGAAGGGGAGAAGGGGAGGUGGAGAUUAGAGGAAUGUCUUCGCUUUGCGACGGAACUUGCAGGCAGGAAGGGACGAAGAAAGGGGUGGGAUGGAUUGGCGGAUGAAAUGGCUAGGGCUGGUUGGCUUGAGAUCUAA